GAUGCCUGUUGCCUAAGUGAUAUAUACCAGAUUUAUUUAACCAUGGGCAAACCACAUUUUUUUUCCUAGGGCAGUUACUUAAAAGACUAUUUACCUCCCUUAGUUACAAAAGAGGAAAUACUUCUUCCAAGACUCAGAGUAGCCGCAGCCAGUGCUUCCCGGAGAAAUUAUGAACCACAAAGAUUCCGAGCCCUGAAGCCUUUGUCCACCCACCUCCCUGCAACUGAACGGCAUGGACACAUUCAGAGAGGAGAGUCUCUCUUAACAGAUCUCCAGUGAACUGACUCACCAGCUUCACCAGUGCAGUGUCCUUUCAAUAGCCAGAUAAAAGCCAAAUGAGGAGGCUGGGAAAAGAGUGUCCAACGUAGCUGCCCUGAAAACCAUCCUCCAUUUCAUUCUGGAGCGGGGAGGUUACACCCAGACAUCACAGAGGCUUCUCUCCCCACCGAAGAUGAACUGAUAGAGUACCAGAAAACUCACAGCAACAGCAACCAGAAACAAAGGUGUUGUCUCCAAAAGACAUAGUCUUGCAAGCCCUUAAAGAGAUUUGGCACCUGGGGUCCUAAGUGAGAAGGCGACUCAUCUAAAAUCAUACGGCUAAUGAAAUGCAGAACAAAAACUUAGAGAAUCACCUCUCCCAAGUUCCAAGGCUCUUUCAACACAUCAGGCUGGCUACCUAGACCGUGGACGUCAGUGGGGUCAAGUGUCAUGGCAGGGCUGGAACUAGGGUGAGCAAUCAACAGAGCCAUACAGAUUUUCCGCAUCAGGACACUAACUUCUGGGUGAAGCAUCAAAUCAACUGGUUUGUUUCUUCAUUCUGCACUUAGCAAGGCCAUGGAAGAUCUAGAGGAAACGUUAUUUGAAGAAUUUGAGAACUACUCCUAUGUCCUGGAAGAUUACUCUCCAGAGACCGACUUGGAGGAGAAAGCGCACCUGGGAGGGGUUCACUGGGUCUCCCUGGUGCUGUAUUGUUUAGCGUUUGUCCUGGGCAUCCCGGGCAAUGCCAUCGUCAUUUGGUUCACCGGAUUCAAGUGGAAGAAGACGGUCACCACGCUCUGGUUCCUCAAUCUAGCCAUCGCGGAUUUCAUUUUUCUUCUCUUCCUGCCCCUGUAUAUCUCCUACGUGGCCAUGGGUUUCCACUGGCCCUUUGGCGUCUGUUUGUGUAAGGCCAAUGCCUUCAUUGCUCAGCUGAACAUGUUUGCCAGUGUUUUCUUCCUGACGGUGAUCAGCCUGGACCGCUAUAUCUACUUGAUCCACCCUGUCUUAUCUCAUCGGUACCGGACCCUAAGAAACUCGCUGGUUAUUGUCAUAGUCGUUUGGCUUUUGGCUUCGCUAAUGGGUGGCCCAGCCCUCUUCUUCCGGGAGACUCUGGAGUCCAAUAACCGCACCGUUUGCUAUAACAACUUCCACGAGCAAGAUCCUGACCUCGUGUUGAUGAGGCAUCACGUGCUGACCUGGGUGAAAGUUAUUGUCGGGUACCUCUUUCCUUUGCUAACCAUGAGCAUCUGCUACUUGAGUCUCAUCUUCAAGGUGAAAAAGAGAAGCAUCCUGGCCUCCAGUAAGCACUUCUGGACCGUCCUGGCUGUGGUCCUGGCCUUUUUGAUUUGCUGGACUCCUUAUCACCUAUUUAGCAUCUGGGAGCUCACAAUUCACCACAAUAGCUAUUUCCACCAGGUGCUGCAGGCUGGGAUCCCCCUCUCCACUGGCUUGGCCUUCCUCAAUAGUUGCUUGAACCCCAUCCUUUACGUCCUAAUUAGCAAGAAAUUCCAGGUGCGCUUUCGGGCCUCAGUUGCUGAGAUACUAAAAUACACACUGUGGGAAGUGAGCUGUUCUGGCACAGUGAGCGAGCCGCUCAGGAACUCUGAAACCAAAAAUCUGGGUCUCCUAGAAACAGCCCAAUGAACUCUCACUCUUCCGCAAGUCAGUAUACAGCUUUUGUAUACUGAAGGCCCCUGACAGAUGCUUUCAGAUUAUUUGUUUCUGAGACAUAGAGCUGACUGUAUCUUCUUUUUAUUUUUGGUCAUUUUAUUGGCAUCACCUUUUUCUGUGGAUAUAAAACGUAAGAAGGAUCUUCAUCUUUUUCUCCUGCCACUGAAAUUAUCUGUGUUAUUCUUACGAAGUAUAGUGUAAAGGAGUUAUCAACACUACUUUUUCAAUUUAAUAACUUUUUUGAAGUUCUAAAUCUUAAUAUUAAAUACAUGACUAAUUUUAAAAAUGUAAAAAUAAUGUGCGCUUAAGCUUUAAUUUUGCAUAAGUAACCUAUUAACUUAUUCUUUCUUUCUGAGGCAUGUGGAAGUUCCUGGGCCAGAGAUCAAAC